AAUCGAUUGAGCCGUGUAAUCGAGCAGUUUUCAUCAGCUCAGUCAGAAGAGGCGGAAUCCGGAUCUGGAGCCAUCGCAUAUUUACGUGACAGUGUGGUAUCGAUACUACAGAACGGACCUCAGUGCGGUUUGGUUACACUUCAAAUGGCCGCCACAUCGUUACGAUUACCUGCUGUUGAUGUAGAACAUAUUCUCAAGAUAGCUCAGCAAAAAGGUUUCACUAGUCGAGGGGAAAUAGAUCAUUUCAGUGGAAUUGGCUGUUACGAUAUGGCCAGCCUACGAGGUGUAAUUCGGGAUUUGUUGGAAGCGGAGGAGUUGUUGAGAGCUGAUAGUGCUGUAUUGAUACCGUACGACUGUGAUAAAAACAAUGAACCGGUGAUUCUUCAUGGAGAUUGUGCGCAUUGGUGCAUUGUGUAUUGUGGUCAGUUCCAUUCACUCAAUCAAAACCUAACAAAUCUCAGUAGUUUCGAGUUUUGUUCACGAAAAUUGUUGCAUAUCAUUUUGACCUAUUUGUUGUUAAUCUUCAUUUAA